AUGAUCAAAGUCACUGAGAAAGAACUCUUGGCUAAGCUAAAGUUGAUUGCGAAAGCCUUGCUACUUCUUCUCUCUAUAAAUCUAUUUUUUAAAAUCAUUAGAAAGCCUUUCCUGCCUUGGUUACAUAACUGGUUAUUAACUUGCUCCGAAGAGCUCUGUACUGUGUACUGGUGGCAGCGGAUUUCUUUCUUAGAGCCAAUUGUAUGGAAUUUGAUUGACUAUAUAGAGAUUAAUUACAUGACACGGACGGAUAUGUAG